UUCGGCCGCGAGGCGUGCUGUUGUGGGUGGCUUGCAGGCGCUCGAGCUGGGGGUGAUGUUGCCGAAGCGGCAACGGCUGCUCUCGAGCCCGGCGGAGGGCGGUCUCUUCGUGGCCGGCCUUCUUUUUCUGUUGCUGUGCUCGCCUCGCGGCUCCUGUCUGCGACACCCGCGGCCGGGCGGUGGGGGAAGGGCCCCGGGGCCCCCAGUCUUGCUGGUGCCAGGGGAUCUGGGUAACCAGCUAGAAGCAAAGUUGGACAAACCCUCUGUGGUGCAUUACGUCUGCUCCAAGAAGACAGACAGUUACUUCACGUUGUGGUUGAACUUGGAACUGCUUCUUCCUGUGAUCAUUGACUGCUGGAUUGAUAAUAUCAGGCUGCUAUACAAUCGAACAAGUGGCACUACUGGACCACCUGAUGGGGUAGAUGUCAAAGUCCCUGGAUUUGGGCAAACUUUCCCCUUGGAAUUCCUUGACCCAAGUAAAAGAAGUGUUGGCACCUAUUUCUAUACGCUAGUGCAGUAUCUGGUAAACUUGGGCUAUCGACGGGAUGACGACAUUAGAGGUGCUCCUUACGACUGGCGGAAAGCACCAAAUGAGAACAGAGACUAUUUUGUGGCCCUCCAGAAGCUGAUAGAAAUAAUGUAUGAAGAGUUUAAAGAACCAGUGGUCUUAAUUGCCCACAGCAUGGGGAAUAUGUAUACUCUCUACUUCCUCAGCCAUCAAACUCAGGAUUGGAAAGACAAGUACAUAAGAGACUUUGUGUCACUAGGUGCUCCAUGGGGAGGUGUGGCCAAAACCCUCCGUGUAUUGGCAUCAGGAGACAACAACAGGAUCCCUGUCAUCAGCUCCCUUAAGAUCAGGGACCAACAGAGAUCAGCAGUUUCGACCAACUGGCUGCUGCCUUACAACUACACGUGGCCUCCCAACAAGAUCUUCGUCAGCACUCCGACUGCCAACUACACUCUUCAGGAUUUCCAAAAGUUCUACAGAGACAUUGGCUUUGAAGAUGGCUGGCUCAUGAGAAAAGAGACCGAAUUCCUAGUCUACGAGAUGCCUCCACCAGGGGUGCGCAUACACUGUCUGUAUGGCACUGGGGUGAAGACCCCUGACUCAUUCUUCUAUGAGACCUUCCCGGACAAGGAGCCAAAGAUAUUCUAUGGUGAUGGCGAUGGAACGGUGAACUUAGAAAGUGCCUUGCACUGUCAUAAGUGGGUGGGGAAGCAGAAGCAGGAGGUGAUACUUCACGAGCUGCCAGGAAGCGAACACAUCGAGAUGCUGUAUGACGCCCAUACAAUUUCCUAUGUAGAAAAGGUUCUCCGUGGCUCAUGACACAGGGCAGAGGACCUUUUUUAUUCAGAGCAUUAACUUGAGGGGGUCUACUCAAAGCCAAGGGGGGUUCCCUUUUUUGGCUCCCUCUUUUAAGAUCCCAUAUACUUGACAGGUUGGGAAGCUGCUUUGGUUUUAAUGAUCAUUUAUCUUGGAUUAGUGCUCAUGCUCAGGCCAACACACUUGAGUGUCCAUUCGCAUGAAGAAUGUGCUGUGCUCACUGGUCUCCAGGAUGUAGGGAAGUUUCACUUCUUCCAUAUACAUUGAGCUGUAAUGCAAGGGAGACGAUAUGAACACUUGAGGGCUGCAAGUUCUUCUUCAUUGGUCCCAGUAGGGAAAUCUGUUACAAAGCAAAGUCCCAAGAGUGGGUAUGACAAACCCACACAGAUUUUUAACACUACCGUAGUUUAGCCACAUUCAGCCAGACGUAUUGUUAUUGGCGAAGUUGGCUUCCUGACAGGAUCUUCUAGUGCUGGGCUAGAUCU